AUGUUUUUCUUCCCACUUAUUUUCCUCCCUCGCUUUUCAUUUUCUUUUUUCAUUCUCUUUUUAGUUUUCCUUUAUUUUUCUACUUUUCUUUUCUUCUUCCCAAUAAACUUCUCUUUUUUUUUUCUUUCUCCUUUUUCUUCUCUCAAUUUUUGUGAAUAUUUUUUCCUUCUUCCUCCUCUUGUCUCCAUUUAUUUUAAUAGUUAUCUUUCUUUCCUUUUUUCUUCUCUCUAUUUAUGUAAAUAUUUUUCUUUCCCUUCUCUUUCUUUCUUUCUUUCUUUCUUUCUUUUAUACCUUCACUCUUACUUUUACUCAUAUUCUUUGCUUCGAUUCUUUCUUUCUUUCUUUUCUUUUUUAAUUCAUUCUUCCUUUCAUUCUUCCUUUCAUUCUUCCUUUCAUUCUUUCUUUCAUUCUUCCUUUCAUUCUUCCUUUCAUUCUUCCUUUCAUUCUUCCUUUGAUUAUUUCUUAUCGAUUUUUCUUUCUUUCUUUCUUUCUUUUUUCUUUCUUAUAUACUUUCAAUCUUAUUUUUACUUAUAUCUAUUUUUCUUUCUUUCUUUCUUUAUCAAGUCUUUCUUUCUUUCUUUUUCUCAUAUCAUUUCUUUCUUUUUCCUCUUUCUCUCUCUCUCUUUCUUUCUUUUUUUUUCAUUAAUUCCUUCUUUAUUUCGACUUUAUGUCACAAUUUAUUUGAAUAUUCUUAAGAUUUAUUUACAUAAUUAUUCUCUAUUUUUCAGGUGUUUUCCUUCUCUUCUUUUCUCUGAUUUUAAUGUUCUUUUUCUUCGUUUUUUUUUCUAUUUUCUGCUUUCUUCGCAUUUCAUCCGAAUAUUUUUUGUUACCUUAUUUCUAUUGAAAUUUUGCCGCAUCGAUGUCGAAAGCCAGAUUAUCUCCCUUCAUCAAUUCCGACUAAGUCGUAAGUUCAAUCAUUAUUGGGAGCUGUAUACUUGCAAAUUAUGUUUAGUAAAUCGUUAUUUUUCUUUUUUCUUCCUUGAACUAAUUUUCUUUUUAGCAAAUUAUUUUCUUUUUCUUUCUUUUUUCUUGCUUCCUUGUAUUAUUUUCUCGCAAUUAAAAUAUUUUUCUUUUUCUGUUUUUCUACUUUUCUCUUACUUCUAUCAUUUAAUUUCCUUUUCCUUAAACUAUUUUUUUGUUUUUUCUUCUUUAUCUUUAUUCUUCUAUUUUAACUUUCUUUUCUUUAUUCUUUUUUCAUUAAACUUUUUAUUUUAUUUUUAUUCUUUGUUUUCCUUUCUUAUUGUUACUCAUUUUCAUUUUUAUUAUUUUUUUUCUGUUUCUCUUCUUUUUUCAUUCCCCAUUCACUUAAUUUUCUUUUUAUUAUUUUGUCUGUCUUUCUUUUUUCUUAUUUUUUCUUUCUUUCUUCUGGUUGUAUCAUAG